AUGGGCUCCCCCCAUGGGCAAAACUCAAGUUAUCAGACUUUCGAUGACGCAUUCGAGGACAGGGAGGAUACGGAUCUCCUGAGAAACGACGAUGGCGAUCAAGAUGGUCUGCUCCCCCGCCAUACGGAAAGUUCUCCCAACCCAGCCCAACAGCAGACUGGCGCCAUCGCUUGGAUGAAAAGGAGAUGGUUUAUAUGGCGCAUGUUGGCUCUCCUCACGUUCGGGACUUUCUUAGCAACGUGCCCAGUACCUAGACAGCAUGUUUCCCACGUAUUGCGUCUGUUACUCAUGGCAGCCACGACCGGGGUCGUCUUGGCCCGGCGCCCUUCACGCUGGGCCCUAGGCUCCAAGACGGCACUCGCUCGACGCCUGUUUGUCGCAUCUCUGGGUCUUGGCAUCUCUGUCUACGCCUUCUUCGGCGUUGCCGACGAAGUACAUCUCGAAUUCCAUCUGCGGUCACUGCUGUGGAUCCACGACACAUGGGGCUAUACACUGCAUGCAGGCUAUCUGACGAGGCUGUUCCUCGCCGGCGUGGCCUGGCUGAUGCUGCGUGCCAGCGGGAUUUACUCAACGGCGGCCGUGUUGAAGAUGUGGGGUUUGUGUUUCGUCUGGGUCUAUGCGGACCUCCCGCUUACUAUCUUUGACCUGAUGCGGCAGCGGGAGCACUGGUAA